AUGACCCCCUUCCAAUACCUUUCUCUCUCUCUCUCUCUCUCUCUCUCUCUCUCUCUCCCUCUCUCUCUCUCUCUCUGUUGCAUUUUAUUUUUGUUCUUCUUGUUGCUUCUCUCCGUUUUUCUCUUCGUUACUCUCUCUCUCUUUCUAUCUAUCUCUCUUCUCUCUCUCUCUUUCUAUCUAUCUCUCUUCUCUCUCUCUCUCUCUCUUUCUAUCUAUCUCUCUUCUCUCUCUCUUUCUAUCUAUCUCUCUUUCUAUCUAUCUCUCUUCUCUCUCUCUCUCUCUCUUUCUAUAUAUCUAUCUCUCUUCUCUCUCUCUCUCUAUCUUUCUAUCUAUCUCUCUCUUUCUAUCUCUCUCUCUCUCUUCUCUCUCUCUCUUUCUAUCUAUCUCUCUUCUCUCUCUCUCUUUCUAUAUAUCUAUCUCUCUUCUCUCUCUCUCUCUAUCUUUCUAUCUAUCUCUCUCUUUCUAUCUCUCUCUCUCUCUUCUCUCUCUCUCUUUCUAUCUAUCUCUCUUCUCUCUCUCUGUCUUCUUUCUCUCUCUUUCUAUCUAUCUCUCUUCUCUCUCUCUCUUUCUAUCUCUCUCUCUUUCUAUCUCUCUCUCUUUCUAUCUAUCUCUCUUCUCUCUCUCGCUCUUUCUCUCUUUCUCUCUCUCUCUUUCUAUCUCUCUCUCUUUCUCUCUCUCUCUUUCUAUCUCUCUCUCUUCUCUCUCUCUCUUUCUAUCUAUCUCUCUCUUCUCUUUUUCGUCUCUUUAUUUCUAUCUACUUAUCAAAAACCAGACUAA